GAUAUACGGGUUUUGACUUACUUGGACGUGAUUUCGUCAUAGAGAACAGUGGUGCCAGUCUUGCUCUGAAACGCAACUUGUUGCUGAAAGAUGUCCAGUGCUCUUAAGGCUACUGUGAAAGCCGUAAAGAGGAAAGGCGUUAUUCCUCGCCGAGCGGCCAUCGUCCUGACUCAAGCUGCAGCAGGAAAGGUUUGUAGUCUACUUAGAGGACAACCCGAUGCAAGUGGUUUGCGAAUUGGUGUACGAGCACGUGGUUGCAAUGGCCUUUCGUACACAAUAGAUUAUGCAAACGGUAAAGGAAAAUUUGAUGAGGAGGUCAAUCAAGAUGGAGCAAGAGUAUUCAUUGACUCUAAGGCUCAGUUGACUCUACUGGGAACAGAGAUGGACUAUGUGUCAAACAAACUUUCCUCUGAAUUCGUAUUCAACAAUCCCAAUGUCAAAGGAACUUGUGGCUGUGGGGAGAGUUUUACUAUAUAAAUAUGAAAUCUGGACAAAUUAAUUAUUCAAUAAAACAGUAUUCUAUGCAGUGAUCACAGGAUUGUGUGUGACAUGCACUAUUUUUGAGUGUGUAAACUGGGAUGUUCUAGUAGGCUAGUGCCAAUAGAGAGACGAUGGGAACUGUCUGUAGAAACUUUGACAAAUGAUUUACUGGUUGUUGU